UCAAUAUACUUAUAAUGAAUUAAUCAAUUAUAAUUAGAUGGGUCACGUUACAAGCCACAUACGUAACAUGUAAUGCGAAACUAGUUUUUUUAUAAUGUUCAAUUUUAUUAUUUUAUUUAGUUUUAAAAAGUAGGAAAUACAAAAAAAAAUGUAGAAGAAUUAAAAUUCAGAAGAGUUUUUUUGUUUGAAUUCAAAUUCAGAAGAGUUUGAUAGAUAGAAAAAUAGAUAUUAGUCGUGACUAGAAGAAUUGUUAGAAAGUAAAAACUCUUCUAAACAUGACUCUUGCUACAGUUUAUUUGGCUUUGGAUGCACUGCAAAUUUAACAUGAAUUGAGAAAUACGAGCGUAUCACCAAGAUUUUCUUUCAUAAUGAAGAAGAUGGUACCCAAUUGGUCCGACCUUGAUAGCGAUCUUUUAUCUGAAAUAGCUGAUCGAAUAAGUUGUCUGCGGGAUUUUAUCAUCUUUGGCGUGGUAUGCAAGUCAUGGCGAUCAGUUGCUUCCCCGGAGAAACUCAAUAAAUUGACCAAAGUUCCGUGGCUUUUGCUUGAUAAAGAUGAUGAUGAUCACAACCCCCGUAAGUUUCUCAGCCUUUCGAAUGAUGUAAUUUACAGAAUCAGUCUUCCAAAACCUCGUGAGAAUCGAUUUAAUCUUGGGAAUUAUAUGUUUCAUUCUGGUAUAAAAGAAAACCAAUAUAUUUUAUCUUCAAAAGGAUGGUAUUUGAUGGUGGAGGAUAAUUUUCAAUUAAGUCUUUUGAAUCCUUUCUCGCUCUCAAGAAUUGAUCUUCCACAUUGUUUCCCUUCUCCUCAUAUUAGAAAAUUUUAUCUGCGAUAUUCUGAAAUCUUUGAUUUCGCUUUAUCCUUCGGUCCAAGUGCCACUUCAGAAUUUACAAUCAUGAUUGUUUACUUUAUACGUAGCGCGUUUGAGGCAAAAUUAGUUUUUUGGAAAAAUGGAGAUCGCGAGUGGACUAACUUAGAUCUCAAAAUGAAAACAAUUAAUGCCAAAAUCACAUAUCACAAUGGCCGAUUCUAUAUUCCUCAUGUUGAUUUUCUAAAAGGAUUUGUUGUUCAUGAAAUUGACAUUCGAAAUUCUAAAUCUGUUUCAAUAAGCAGCAAGUCAAUUACCAAUCCCGAUCCGUCUUUGCUUCCUAAUCGAUUUUGGAUAGUUGAAUCAUCUCGAGUGCUCAUGAUGGUCUAUCAGAGAUUGAAUUCUGAGUCAAGAGAUGGCCGUGGGUAUAUUAUCGGCGAUCGUUAUUGUCAUGUUUCACAUUUAUAUUUUGUAGUUCAAGAGAUUGAUUUUGAGAAAGGAGAACUCAAAGAGGUGAGUGAUUUAGGAGAUGAAGCUAUAUUUUUGGGAUGUUACUCUUCUUUUUUGGUUGAUGUAUCGAAUGAAUCGAGGUUUAAAUCCAAUCACAUUUACUUUGCUGAAAACUUUCGAGGCACUUGGACGUAUCACAAUAGAGGUGUUGGUGUUUACAGCAUGAUCGAUGGAUCAUCGAAACCGCUUUUCAGCGAGGCAAACAAUGGUUAUUGUUGUUCUAGUCAAUGGAUCGAACCAAGACCUUGACCUUUAGUAGGGUGCAUUGUUUCUUUUUCUAAGUUCUGAGGUAGUUUUUUAUUUAUUGUGCAAAAAUAACAUUAUUGGUGUUGUUUGUUAGUUAUUUAUCUUAAAUAUUUAUGGGUAAAGGCUUCUGAUAUUGAUAUUGAAGUUGUCUUUACAAAGUUAGUUUUAGUUAGAGAAAGUCUA